AUGUUAUGUGAUUUAAUCGUUGCGUUUGACCGUGUUUAUGACAGAUUCCAGAUCAUCAAUAACGUAGCAGUAACUGAUUCGAACGAUUUAGAAGCAAGCUUUCUGAAAGCUGCUGAAGAGAUUAAUAAUGUAGAAAAUAUUUUAAGAUCUGAAUUUAAACCAGAAGAAAUAAACCCUAAGCAACCUCCAAUCAAGGCUGAUCAAACCUUUACGUCAAACAUAGGUCAAGAAGGUUACGAAAGCCACGUUUCAACUUUAAAGAAACAUAUCUUAAAGGGUGAUAUUAUCCAAGCUGUCCCUUCUCAAAGAGUUGCCAGACCUACUUCAUUACAUCCAUUCAACAUAUACCGUCAUUUAAGAACUGUUAACCCAUCACCAUAUUUGUUCUACAUAGAUCUUAUUGAUUUUGAAAUUAUUGGUGCAUCUCCAGAACUCUUAGUGAAGGCAGAUGAAAAGGGUAAGGUUGUGACCCAUCCAAUUGCCGGCACUGUGAAGAGAGGUAAAACUAACGAAGAAGAUGAGGCCAAUGCCGAAAUAUUGAGAUCGAGUUUGAAGGAUAGAGCCGAACAUAUAAUGUUGGUGGACUUAGCCCGUAACGACAUAAACAGGAUCUGUACUCCAGAAAGUAAUAAAGUCGAUCGUCUUUUAACGAUCGAGAGAUUCUCCCACGUCAUGCAUUUGGUUUCUGAAGUGAGCGGUACCUUGAGAUCCGACAAGACAAGAUUUGAUGCCUUCAGAUCUAUUUUCCCUGCGGGGACAGUGAGUGGUGCUCCAAAGGUUAAGGCCAUGGAGUUAAUUGGUACACUUGAGAAAGAAAAAAGAGGUGUUUAUGCGGGUGCUGUUGGUCACUGGGGUUAUGAUGGUAAGACCAUGGACACCUGUAUUGCCUUGAGAACCAUGGUUUACAAGAAUGGUACUGCCUACUUGCAAGCUGGUGGGGGGAUUGUUUUCGACAGUGACGAAUAUGAUGAAUACGUGGAAACCAUGAACAAGAUGAAGGCUAACAACCAAACUAUUAUUGAUGCCGAAAAAGUUUGGAUUGAAAAAGUUGGACAAGAAUAG